UUACGUCUUAUGUUAGGUGCUGAACAUGGCGGAAAUUCAGACCCGGUUAGCUUACGUGUGCUCUGUGCGUCAGAUGGAUGUAGUGAAAGAAUGUGACUACUGCGAGUACCUGCGGCCACCCAUUGACCGCUACGGCACGCUGGACUUUGGCAAAUUCGAUGAGAUUGCUGAGGUUGGAUACCUGCACGGAAAGACCGUGUUUGACGUGUGGUGCCGGAGCGGAGUGAGGGAGAAGAUACUAAAAGACCAACAUCAAGAGGAGUUUCACAAAACCAAAAACACUAAUGUGAUGACCUGUCCCAAUGCAUCCUUCACUGAUCUGGCUGAAAUAGUGUCAAGAAUAGAGCCAGUGAAGCAGGCUGUCGUGGAUGAGGAGUCUGAGUACCAGACGGACUAUGAUGAAGAUGCAGUGCUGUCAGACUUUGACCUGUCCAACCCAAACAGUGAACACAGUGAACACACUGAAGAUGAGGAGGAGGAGGAGACAGCAGAUACGCUUGACACAGAGGAUGAAAUGGAGAUGGAGAUCAGACAGAGGAGAUAUCGAGCACCCAACCACACCAGCCGCCUUGGCACCUGACCUCAAAUAUCUUCAUUUGAAUCAGUUUUUAAUUUCAGGUUUAACUUUAGCAGUCUAUUUUUAAUUUUCUGCCUCUGAGGCCACUAAUAAUUUACUACAACAAAAUACUGCCUGUUUUUCCUUUACUAUCGGAGUCAAUAAUGAAAGUAUUUUACAUUUAAUUUCUCAUGCAAGUUGUCAAUGCAAUCACAACAGUCUGACUGUGUGAAAAGCUGUUUUAAGCUUAAAUUAAUAAUCACUGUAUAAAAAGGUUGUUUUAAUAUUUAAAAAAUAGUUUACAAUCUUAGAACAGAAGAAUAAGCUAUGAAAAGUAACCGUGAAUGACAUUUUGAUUCCAGUGUUCACAGCAAUUUAUAUGUAGUUACAGCUCAUAUGCAGAUGUAAUGUGUGGUGGUGUUGCUCCUGUGUGAGGAUUAUGAGCUAAUCGUGGAUUGAAUGAAGCUGUUACUAGUCUCUCUCUAGUCUCAUUUUAUUUGGUCCAUUAAAAGUUAAAUGUUGUCUGAA